GUUUUUGUUGUUGACCUAUUGUGAUAGUAAUGACAUGAGGAGUUAAGAACAAUCCGGUAGUCCCCUUGACUUAAUUGUCUUGUAGUUUUUGGGGCAAAACAAUAUAAAUGAGUAAUUGUCGUCUGUGCUGUACUGUAAACUACAUAUCCCAGCACGCAUAUCCCACCCAUUUCAGAGGUGUUGGUGUAAAUAUGGCUGUGUCAAUCAAACAAAGGCAAAAUAGUUGUCCUCUGAUUCAAAUCAAGUAGCCUGCAAGCUAGCAGGGCUGGGCGUGCUCUUUUCGUCGAUCGAUGUUUACUGUUGAACAUUGACAUUGUCCACAAAAUUAUUGUGGUGCUGUAAUAUUUAAUGUCAGGAGAACAGCGGAGACGUCGAGAUUCAUAAGGAUGUGUGACUUCUCGGAAGAGCCACGCUUCACCAUCGAGCAGAUAGACCUGCUGCAGCGGUUGCGGCGUAGCGGCAUGAGCAAGCAGGAGAUCCUGCACGCCCUGGACACCCUGGAGCGGCUGGACCGCGAGCACGGGGAUAAGUUCGGACGUCGCACCUCCUACGUGGGCGGGGCCAAUAGCUGCAGCUCCGCCUCCAACAACAACAACAACACCUCGACGACAACCAAUAACAACAACAAUGCUGCCACCACAACAACCUCCUCCACUUCCUUGUCCUGUAACAAUGGUAACGACCGCGGCAACAGUAGCGGUAGCAACGGCCCGUCCUCCACCAUCUCCACCUCUACUCAGACGCAGUUCCACGGAGGCCUGUCUCCGUCGCCUAGCAACAGCUAUGACACCUCGCCGCCCCCUGGACCGCCCCCACUGUCUGUUCUACCGUCCCCGGUGUCGCUGGUCGCCUUGGCUCAGAUUGGCCGGGACAGUCUGGCGGCCACGCCCAAUGGGAAGCUGUCUCCACCCAGGUAUCCAAUGAACAGCGCGGCGGCGGCGAGGGCGUUUGGGUUCGAGGCGACAGAGGAAGAUCUGGACAUCGACGACAAGGUGGAGGAGCUCAUGAGGAGGGACAGCAGUAUUGUAAAGGAGGAGAUCAAGGCUUUCCUGGGGAACAGGAGAAUCUCACAGGCUGUGGUGGCUCAGGUCACAGGUAUCAGCCAGAGCAGGAUCUCUCAUUGGCUGUUGCAGCAUGGCUCUGACCUCAGUGAGCAGAAGAAGAGGGCCUUCUACCGCUGGUACCAGAUGGAGAAGACCACUCCAGGUGCCACUCUAAACAUGCGCCCCGCCCCAUUGGCUCUGGAUGAGAUGGAGUGGAGGCAGACCCCGCCCCCCAUAAGCACCGCCCCCGGAGGCUUCCGACUGCGAAGAGGAAGCCGCUUCACCUGGAGGAAGGAGUGUCUGGCUGUCAUGGAGAGUUACUUCAAUGAGAACCAGUAUCCAGAUGAGGCCAAGAGAGAGGAGAUCGCCAAUGCCUGCAACGCUGUCAUCCAGAAACCAGGGAAGAAGCUGUCAGACCUGGAGAGAGUCACCUCCCUCAAAGUCUACAACUGGUUUGCCAACCGACGCAAAGAGAUCAAGAGACGGGCUAACAUAGAAGCCACAAUCCUGGAGAGUCAUGGGAUAGAUGUGCAGAGUCCCGGAGGUCACUCAAACAGCGACGACAUCGAUGGCAACGACUUCUCAGAACAGGCCUGUGACCUUCCCUAUUUUGACAAGAGGCCUAUGACAAGACCUUUCAGUUUCUUCAGACUGGAGCCUACAUCUCCCACACAGGAUGAUGGAACUGCCCACACUGACCACCAGGACCCCAUCUCUUUGGCUGUGGAGAUGGCUGCAGUCAACCACACCAUCCUGGCCCUGUCCAGAACGGGGGGAGUCCCCAGCGACAUCAAGACAGAGAGUCUGGAGGAGGACUGAACCUGACCAGGAGCCCUUGGGGGAGUGGAGGAGCACCGUACAGGAGAGGAAGAGGAGAAGGAAAGAAGAUGAGGGAAAAGGGGGGAGGUGAAAGAGAGAUGGUGCUAGGUGUGUGACUAAAAAGUGGAUUUGGAAAAGAGACUUGACGAACAUAAUAGAGAAAUCUUAGUAAAUAUCUUCAUGAAGCUAUCCCAACACUGUAUCCUCUCACCGUGGACUCUCAGCCUCUCUUUACCCACACACAGACCCAAGACGCUCCCUUCCUCUCCCUCAUCUGAGGAAAGAUGUGGAGCAGGAAGGAAAGAGGAAGGGGGGGGGGGGCUUUUCUGGACCCCUCCCCCCUCACACACAGAAGUUCCCACUUGAAGCUUCUUCUCCAUCCACCCCCUCCUCUCCUCCUUCCAGCCUCAGCACCUAGGUCGCACUAGACAGAGCCAAACCAGGCUCAUCUGUUUCCAAAUCCUUCAGAGUGUUGAUGUAUAUACGGUUCUCAUACACCCUUGUGGUUCCCCACCUACCAGACCCUGAAACCCUUUUCAUUGUGCAAUGCUUUGGUAGAGCAAUGGAGCCUGAACACCACUUAUGGGAUGGAUGGAUGGCUGAUCAGUCGAUGGAGGGAAAGAAUGGAUGGAGGAAUAUCAUGUAGUUUUGUCAUCUAGUCAGUCUGUGGAGAAUGAGAACGGUGUGUUUCGGAACAGUUCCAGACCGCUCGUGAACCCUGAAACUCUAUAAGCCCUGCACCCAAGAGCUUGUGUUCCCAACUGGAAAUCGUACCUGUUUUUAACAGUUUUUUCUUUUUCUUGGUAUGCGUUUAUUUUCUUUGUGUGUUUCUCUGGCGGCCUCCAGAUUUACAGGGGGGAAAUUAUCGUAUGUAAGCAGAGGCAUCCAAAUUGCUGAGGUUGAUUAUGAAUUAUAACACUAAGGAACAUCUUUUGUUGUUUUAAAAGCCAAAGGAGAGGAUCAUAUUGAGAGGAAAAAUAUAUAUAUAUAUGAAAUCAGAUCAUUUUAAUAGAGGUAAGUGUUUCAGGUACAUGUUACUUUGCUGUAGGUCUUCAGUUUGACCUGAGAAACAAUCUUAGUGGCUUUUUCUGUUUAAGUGUUUAUUUCAGCUUUCAGCUUUUUUCAAAGUGAAUUUGAUUGCUAGCACCAUUGGCAGAGUUCUAUUAAUUUCAGAGAAUACACUUUUCUACGAAUAGCUAUUAUCAGCCAGUUAAAUUAGAAACCCAGCGAGUUAUAAAUUAUUCUGACUGUCGCUACCUCUUAUUAGUUUAAAGGAAGUACGUUAGGAGCACUGUGUUUCUGGGUGGUAUCAUUCAGCUGCUUGAGGCGACUUCACCUCAGACUGACCUAGACACUGGGUCUGUGUCCGUAAAUGUAAGCGGCACAUUAAAAAAAUGUUUCGUAUUUAUAAUCCUUUUUUAAACGGUGUAUGAUGAACUGUUUGAAACAUGUUUUAAUCAUUCGUUUUUGUCAAUCAACCAAGCUUUUGUUCACGUUGUCUCGUAUUGUUUGACCGUUUGCAUUUCCUUUAUACAUGACCCCAGAAGAUAAAGCUGACCCCAGUUGUUUCAGAUGGAGAGUUGUAUUGCGCAAAGCAUAGGCCCCAGUGCCCACUUAAUUCCAGAACACACUCUGUUUUGAAUGUUUGAGAUUGUUUCUUGGCUCCAACACACCUGAUUCAAAUGCAUGUUCGUUACCAGGCUUCUAUGGAACUAAACAACGACCCAUUUAUUUGAGUCAGGUGUGUUGGAGCAGGGAAACAUCUAAAACAUGCAGGACAGGGGUUCCCUGAGGACAGGGUUAAGAACCCCUGUUCUAGAACCUGCUCUCUCGAGGGUUCCAGACAUGUACCACAGCCUCCACUCCCCUGGGAGGCAGCGAGGCCUAGUUCUGCCGACGAGCGUUCUAGAACGCGACGCAUGAGCCGUUUAUGAAACGGCCAUGCUUCAGUUCCCAAAAUGAGCGAAUACACUUAGGAUUCACAGAAAACCCUCAAACCAGUGUUACUAACUCUUUACAGUUAUAUACCGCAGGUCUUAAGGUAGAAAACCAAACCUCAAGUCGGCUACUGAGUCUGUCCCUUGCAGGUGUUGUAUGUGGCCCUGCCAGGUUAGGAGGGUGUCAGCUCCUCUUGGCUGAGUGAACUGCACGCGUCUCCUUUGUAUUAUCCCCUAACCAAGAUCCUCCCAGACAGGGAAACUCUCAGUCAGUGUUGAUCCCAGAAGACUGAAUGAUGUAUCAAGCUCCAAUAGUUACGUUCUGACUGUACUGUAUCGCCCAUUUUCAGAAUUUAGUGCCUUUUUUGGACAGUAGACUGUUCUGUAAUUAAAAUGUAGUAUAUACAUGUUUUUGUACAGUUUCUUUGUUCAUUUUUUUAAUCUUGUGUUUAUAUUAGUAUGAUGAAAUAUAAUAAGAG